AUGAGUCGGCAAAACCAAAUCCCAGAUGCGUGGGACCAGGACUGGGAGAGUAUUGCCGAUGCACCACAACCUUCGGAGCCGGUACCCGAGAAGAAGCUGUCCGCAAGAGCCGCAAAAGCCCAGCGUCGAGCGGAACAUGCUGAAUUCAACAGACAGCUAUGGGCCGAAGCUGAAGCACCACAAACCUUUCAUUUCCUAGAGUCUCGGUCUACCAUCCCAAUGAAGUCAGAAUAUAAAACACCUAUGAGAGUACUUGCGCGCAAACCCCAAAGCAAUAAAUCAGGUCUAGAAUCUGGAGUCCAGGGAUUAUCGAUAGGAGACCAGGGUCAGGUGGAUGACGAUGAUGAAGACUUUGAAAGAAAGCCCGGACAACUUACAUAUGAAGAGAGGGUUGCAAAGGCUCAAAAGGAGAGGGAAGAAAAACAACGCAAGUACGAGGAGGUUCGAGAAAGACUGUUUGGCAGUUCAACCCCAGGCUCAGGGGCAUCGUCUCCUGGUAACGUCACACCUCCGCGUCAGGGGCAGCAUCACCAAGGUGGAGAGGGUAAGAGAAGAGGGCGAAAUAACAGAUCUAGUACUGGGGGAAAUCGAGAAAGUAGAGAAAGAAGGGAAAGAGAAAAUUCCAACGCAUCUACAAAACCCGCAGGCCGUUUAUACGAUCCAAAUUAUGCUCCCAAAGCAAGUUCAAACUAUGUUCAGCGGAAGGAGAAAGAACAGGGUAAAGAGCCAUAUGCUUCUCUAUCGCAACAUCAGGUUCAGCCGCAGUUGCCGUCUCAAUAUACUCAGCCCCAGAUGCCCAUCAGGAGUCCCAGGGGGCCAGACCCGAGUGGGAGAGGCGGAUUCGGCGGCUUCCCCUCACGAGGUGGAAGAGGUGGAUGA